AUGGAAGAAACUGAGGCGCCAGACGCUUUCUCGGACGAAGAACUUGACAAAGUUAGGUGUCACGGAGUUAUUUUGCCGCAACUGGACAGUGUCGAGAAACAUUUUUUUGAUUUUGUCGCCAAUGGGAAUUUGAACUGCGUCAAAAAUUUUAUCGAAACUAACCCGCACUUUAGAAUAAAUUCUGUUAACUAUCAGAAUCUGUCGGUACUUCAUGUUGCUGUAGCAGAACGUGAUUUGCCAAUGCUGGAAUUAUUACUUUCGGUACCGAAUAUUGACUGCAGUGACGCGGCGCUACACGCAAUCAGAGACAACCAGCAGCGAAUGGCCGUCAUGAUACUCAACAAAAUGGAGGAACAGAGUCCAAACUCGGAGUUCACGGGAGCCAUUGACAGCUCGGAAUUUUUGGAUGAAACCACUCCGAUGGAUGUCGCUGCGGCUUACGGUCACUUUGAAAUGAUAAAAUUGUUGGCUUCCAGAGGACAUUUUAUCAGAAAGCCACAUCCGCCUGAUUGUUACUGUGAAGAAAUUUGCAAACCUGAAAGGGAAAACGAGGACCCACUGACGCUGGACAAAAAACGCCUGGCCCGGUAUCAAGCAUUUUCAAAUCCCGCGCACAUUUGUCAUGUCUCUUCAGAUCCGAUUCUUAAAGCUUUUCAACUUUCGGUUGAACUCGACAGGGCUGCUGUCAUUCAAAGAGAACUUCACAAAUCUUACAGACAACUAUCGCAGGAUGUGACGCAAUUUGCGGCGGAACUGAUUGGCUGCGCGAGAAAAGCCGACGAAGUCGAACAUAUUUUGGAAAGAAAAGCUGGAAUGGUUUUUUCAAUGAAUUUCACGCUGCCGAGAUUACUUUUGGCCGUUGAGUGCAAGCAGAAGACUUUUGUUGCCCACCCAAAUGUUCAGCAGAUAAUUGAAAACAAAUGGAUGGGAGAAUGGUACGGAUGGAAAAAAAAGUCACGAGGAACUAAAAUAGCGACUGUUUUUUUGAGAAUUCCUAUAUUUUGGUUCAUGGCUCUGUGGGUAUGGCUGGCGCCAAAUUCAAAACGCGGGCGAAAAUGGCAAAUUCCUGUUCAUCGUUACAUUUCAAUUGUCGCGAGCUACUUAGUAUUUCUUACUAUUUGUUUUUUUCAAUCGAACAUAAACAAAAAAAACCAACUGCGUGGUCCGCCUAACACGGGAUGCGAAAUACCCUUGGUUAUUUAUGUGAUAUCAUUUAUAUGGGCUGCGAUACGUCUAUGUAUGAUUCAUGGGCCCAGUAGAUACUUUCGCUCCCGUUGGAACUGGUAUGAAGUUAUAAUGCUUGUAUUAUUUAUCAUGACGUUCAUCUUCUGGAUAGCGUCGGCAAUAGACGUAAGACUUCACGACCAACGAGAUCUCGAACGAAAAUAUUGGCACAAAUACGAUCCGACACUCGUUGCCGAGGGCUCUCUGUGUAUCGCCACGAUAAUGGCCUUUUUCAAACUUAUUUUUCUUUGCCAACUUGAUUACAAUCUCGGACUACUCCAAGUAUCACUGGGAAGAAUGAUACAAGAUGCUACUAAAUUUUUAUUAUUAUUUACUAUCAUUAUUUUUGCUUUUGCUGCAGGUUUGGCGAGACUUUAUCAAUAUUACGACGGAAUGGUCCAAGUAGAUGACGAGUCAAAAAUAAAGACCCAACAAGUCUCGUCAUUCGUUGAUUUUCUAUCAACACUAAAAACUCUAUUUUGGGCGAUUUUUUGCAUGAGCGCUAUCGAGUCCGCUGACGUGAUAAUCGAAAAUCUACCCGGUGAAAGCGACACCGAGACAAUCAUAAACCAGCACUCAUUCACCGAAGGCGUCGGGUAUUUAGCCUUUGCCGGAUUCGAGUGUAUUUCAGUAAUAGUAGUACUAAACAUGUUGAUAGCCUGCAUGUCGAAUACAUUCACAGCAUUCACACGUAAUGUCGACAUUGAAUGGACGUUCGGACGCACAGAAGUUUAUGUCAAUAUUAUGGCGCAAAAUGCAUUACCACCCCCUUUUAAUCUUCUGCCAACUUGUAGUGAAUAUCGCACGAUUGUAGAAUUUAUAAAACUUUUAUUCCGACCGACAAAAACUAAACGAGCGCGAUGGAAUUUCAAACACGGAUGCUACAUUGAAAAUAUUGCGGAAAAUGACAACGAAAAAUAUGGAGAAAUAAUGGGACUACUGGUGAUGCGUUACUUCCGUCAAAAACACAUCGAAUCAGCGACCAACGAAAUCCGCGGGCUGAGAAAAGACAUAAGCGAACUAAAGUAUCUUUUAAAAGACGCGCUUUCUUCCCCUUGAAUUUAAAAUUCGCGGGAAAUAUCAAAAUUUGAUUGUAAGAAUAAAAAAAAAUUAGUUAUUUUUAAUUUUAAUAGUUAAUUCUAUUUCUAUUGUAUUUAUAAUUAUAAUUUACCAUACGUCCGAUAGUUGUCACUAUUGUAAACUCAGGGGAAA